AUGGUUUUUCACUGGUUCUGGGCUCGGACCUUUGAGGUCUGGCUAACUGCCCGGCUGCUGGCCAGCCCAACGUUUCACAGAAUGGUUGGACGAGUUCAUCAAAAGGUUCAACAUAUAAGACAUGGUGUGCCUCCCGAAGAAAUGGGAGGUACCAAGUUGGACAACAAUGGUCCCGGUCUCAAACGCUUCUUCGAAUACUUCCGGGAGGAGAUAAAGGAUCAAUUCAAAGGAAAACCACCACCGAAGUUUUAG